CAAAUUCAAACAAGUUAAAAUGUUCAUGACAUAAGAACUUCCUCACAAAACACACAUAAUGCCUUUACCCUCUGCAACCACCAUCAUCAACAUUAAUCACUUGUUAAACCAAUCCAAUGCUAUCUCUCACUCUCACCUCAAACAAAUCCAUGCUCAAAUGCUUCGCACCAUUCACGCAAACCAUCCACAAUCCCUUUUUCUCUACACAAGACUUCUUCACCACUCCUCCUUCACAAAUCUCAACUACACUGCUCGUGUUUUUCAUCACUUCAACAAUCCAAAUUCCUUUAUGUGGAACAUUCUUAUACGAGCCUACGCCAAAUCCACAAGCCACAAACAUCGUGCUAUUGUUCUUUACAGAGAAAUGAUAACAGAACAAGAAAAUGAAGUCUUUCCUGAUAACCACACUUACCCGUUUGUUCUUAAGGCUUGUGCUUACUUGUUUUGUUUAUUUGAAGGGAAACAGGUUCAUGCCCAUGUUUUGAAACUUGGGUUUGAGUUGGAUAGUUAUAUUUGUAAUAGUUUGAUUCAUUUAUAUGCUUCUUGUGGGUGUUUGGAAAUGGCUCGGAAAGUGUUUGAGAAAAUGUGUGAAAGGAGGAAUGAAGUUUCGUGGAAUGUAAUGAUUGAUUCUUAUGCAAAGGCUGGAGAGUAUGAUACUGUUUUGAAAAUGUUUUGUGAGAUGAUGAAGGUGUAUGAUCCUGAUUGUUACACAAUGCAGAGUGUUAUUAAUGCCUGUGCUGGUUUAGGUGCUCUUUCUUUGGGUAUGUGGGUUCAUGCGUAUAUUUUGAAAAAGUGUGAUAAGAAUGUGGCUUGUGAUGUUUUGGUCAACACUUGUUUGGUUGAUAUGUAUUGCAAAUGUGGAUCUUUGGAAAUUGCUAAGCAGGUGUUUGAAGGAAUGUCUUAUAGAGAUGUGAGUUCAUGGAAUUCAAUAAUUUUGGGUUUUGCCGUCAAUGGGAAAGCUCAGGAAGCAUUGGAUUAUUUUCUCUGUAUGGUAAAGGUAGAGAAAGUUGAGCCAAACUCUAUCACCUUUGUUGGUGUGUUGAGUGCAUGUAAUCAUAGGGGGUUUGUUAAUGAGGGGUUAAUGUAUUUUGAAUUGAUGACUAAGGAAUACAAUAUUGAACCAAGUUUGGUGCAUUAUGGAUGUCUUGUUGAUCUUUAUGCUAGAGCUGGACAUAUCCAAGAAGCUUUGAAUGUGGUUUCAAAAAUGUCUGUAAAGCCAGAUGGUGUAAUUUGGAGGAGUCUUUUAGAUGCUUGUUAUAAGCAACAUGCAAGUGUUGAGCUAAGUGAAGCAAUGGCAAAGCAAGUUUUUGAAUCAGAGGGUAGUGUUUGUGGUGGUGCUUAUGUGCUUUUGUCAAAAGUUUAUGCUUCGGCUAGUAGGUGGAAUGAUGUAGGGUUGCUUAGAAAGCUAAUGAAUGAUAAGGGUGUGAGCAAAGAGCCUGGUUGUAGUUUAAUAGAGAUAAAUGGUGUUGCUCAUGAAUUUUUAGCUGGGGACACCACUCAUCCAGAGAGUAAAGAUAUAUACAAGUUUAUGAAUGAAAUUGAAGAGAGGCUAGAAUCAAUAGGGUAUUUACCUGACUAUUCAGGGGCGGCGUCGGUUAAUGAUAUUAAUGAAGGAAAACAGAAUACUAUGAGGUUGCAUAGUGAGAGAUUGGCCAUAGCUUUUGGGCUUUUGAAUUCAAAACCAGGCAUGCCAAUAAGAGUAUUUAAGAAUCUUAGAGUGUGUAAUGAUUGCCACAAGGUUACUAAAUUAAUAUCCAGAAUUUACAAUGCGGAGAUAAUUGUAAGAGAUCGUGUUCGAUUUCAUCACUUUAAGGAUGGGAGUUGUUCUUGUAUGGACUAUUGGUGAUAAGUGAUAAUCGUGUCUGCUAUAUUUUGAAAUAUGUUUGUAGUAAAGCGCAUAAUAGUGACAUGGGACUAGGAUGAUCCAGUUCAUUAUGGGAGAUACUUUUAACUCCCAACUGAUUUCUUAAAAACCACAUUGGUUCGGAAGUUCACUUUCAACUGGAAAAACAAGUGUUUGUCAAGAUAUCUGAAAUACAUGUGAAGGGUGGGAAAAGAAGCUCCUAUUAUUAUUGUACACAAAAAAGUAGGCUCGGUUUGGUAGGUUGAGCCAUAAGCCAUGUACAGUCCAAUAAUUAAAAGAACUACUUAAUAGGACAUAAAUUAAACAAAACUUGCCUUGAGUUACUUUGUUUAGAAUUUGGCUAUUGAUACUACAGCAACAAUAGGAGUUGAUAUUGUUCAAACUUUGCCGCAAACUGAUCAUGUAAAGGUUAGUUUAUUUUUCAGAAAUGGAAAUCACUUCCAAGAAGCUUCCACUUCCCGAAUUUAUUUCCUUCAAGGCCUUUGGUAUGUAAAAGUUUAUAUGACUUAUGCUUUAGAUUCUCUUUCUGACUAGGUCUGCCAGAGUUAUGAUUUGGUGUCUUGUACUUGGUCCACUCUUGUGCAAAGUGAAAUUUUGGGUUUCUUUUUCCAGUUAAAAAGUGAUGGUUGUAAGAGUAACUCUAAGAGUUGGUUUGGUCUCUGUACUGGUAGUGAUAGUUGGGUUAAGUUUGAUGUAGCAAGAGUUUUUGUGUCUUUUGACAAUUCAGCAAUUUUUCGGGUACUGGUGGGUCCUCUUUCACAUGAUAACACUCACAUUGAAUACAUGUAUAGCCAGCUAAAUGCAUAACAAAUGAGAGACUAUUGUUUUGAAACUAUGUAUCAUAGGAACAAUUUUGAUGUUGAUAUAAAAGAAACAUCAAUGUUUAUGUGAAUUUGCUAGUCAUAUCUUGUUCUUUGCCAAUCAAGAGGAUGAUCAAGUGCAUGCAAAAAUAGGUUUAAGAGAGUUGAAGUUUUGAAUGCAUUGGUUUUUGUUGUUGUAGUUA